GUUGAGCCUCAGUCGUGCCUGGUUACGUCGAUAAUACGUACCAGACUCCCUACCCGCUCUAGAGGUUUCUUAUGCCUGUUGAUUCAUUUAUAUAUCAUCACGUCGACGAAGUUGAUAGUGCGAGGAAAUGUUCUUCUUUUCCUCGACGUUCGUCUCCAUCACGGCAUUAUUAUAUCGACAAGCUCGUUCCUCCGAAAUAUAAAGUACUUGUUCACGCUUAAUCGUUAACACAUUUAUUACAACUGAGCGGAUCACUUACUUUGAGGAUAGUUUGGUCUGCUUCAAAGUUCUCCUGUAUCGCUGUAAUAAUAUCACUGCAACACUAUGAUCAACAUAUUUCACUUGUUCCUUUCAGUACCCGGUGUCCGACUUCACGGUGAGCACUAGUUUAUUCCGCUGCAAGACCGUCUCCUGGGUGUCACUAAUACUGAAUGAAAAUGUUUUCUUAUGCUAGAAUUUAACACAUCACUGAAACGUAUCAUAAUUCUCCGACCAAAAUACAGCGAAAUUUCAAACUCCAAGACAGUAUUCAUGAAGCUGGCAACAAAUACAAGUGUAUCACUUCAGAGGACAACUGAACAAAUCAAUCUCUAAAAGAAAUAUUGUAGUACAAAUAUACUUCCACAACCUCACACAUCAUCCAUACAGUAAUAUAUGGAUGGCUGUCACUAGAAUAACAAUAAAAGAGCUUCAUAGUGCUUGAAAAUAUUAAGUUACACCCCAAGAAGUCGUGUUGUGGUGUCGACUUUAAAUAGGAAGAUGUGCAAGCCAGAGAACGAGCACAAGAAGACGGUGGUGGCCGUGGAGGGCAACACUCAUCUCGCCACAAUUAACAAGAACGAAGGCAGAAUCUUCACACAAGUGGCAGCAUGUGUGGCAGCAGCACUGGGAACCUUGUCCUCAGGUGCUGUUAGCGGCUGGACAGCCGGGACGCUCACCUCUAUGGAUGCUGACCCACAAAUCCAGAUGGGAACCUCUGAGAAUGCUUGGAUGGUGGGUAUAAUUGCCAUGGCAGCAGUAGUGGGAAGCCCAGUGGCAGGACGCGUGAUAGACCUACUUGGACGACGCACCACCAUCCUUAUCAUGUGCCCUGUAACACUUAUUGGCUGGGUCACAAUGGCCCUGGCCCCUAAUCUGGCCCUUGUGUUAACUGGCCGUGCUAUAUGUGGAGCUUCAACUGCAUUCUUAUUUUCAGCUGUGCCUGUUUACUGCAGUGAAGCUCCAGAAGCUAGGCUGAGGGGACGACUUGGUUCACUAUCCUCACUCUUCAUCACGUUUGGAGUUGUGUGGUCAUACAUAACAGGCGCAUUUUUCCCUUGGCGCAUCAGCUGCUACCUCUGUGCAGCUCCUUGUAUUCUUACGACUGCUGCCAUGUUGUUUGUUCCAGAAUCUCCAUAUUGGCUACUCCUCAAAGGUAGAAGAGAAGAUGCUGAAGCAGCUCUCCAGUGGCUCAGAGGACCAAACUAUGACUUAUUUGAAGAAAUCACUGAAAUGGAGGCCAAAUUAACUUCAGUGGGAAGGAAAGUGGAAUUUCGUGAGUUGUGGAGACCUCGUACACGUAAGCCAUUUUUACUGGCGCUCUUUAUGAUGACAUUACAACAAGGUAGUGGUUGCAACAUCCUCAUGAUGUAUACAGGAACAAUUUUCUCAUCAGCUGGUGUAGUGAACGUGAAUAUGGCCGUUUUGUACACGGGUUUGGUACAAAUUGCCGGUACAUUAUUUUCCGUCUUACUGAUGGAUCACGCUGGACGUCGGCCCAUGAUCGUGCUUUCUACUUUCGUAAUGGGGACAUCAACAGUGACACUUGGUGUUUAUUAUUACAUGUACAACGUUGUGGGUGAACAUGGGCCAAGCUGGGUGCCACUGGCCACCAUACUAGUGUCAGUUUUUGGGUACUGUCUGGGAUCUCGUACCAUUCCCUGGCUAUUUGCUACUGAACUCUUCAACACUACAAUCAGGUCCACAGCCAAUUCUGUCACGUUUUUCUACAAUCGCAUCCUUAACUUCAUUAUCAUACAGAUUUACCCACACUUUGAAGAGGCCACAGGGGCACAUACAGUCUUCUUCUUCUAUGGUGGAGUCUGCCUUAUAUGUUGCCUCAUCUCUUUCCUCUUUGUUCCGGAGACAAAGGGCAAAACUCUGGAGCAGAUACAAGAAUACUUCGAGAGAAAGUCUAACACAAAUACAACAUAUAGUGCUGAAAGCAUUGAUAAUCGGCAAACUGCAUGUGUCAGCACGAGUAAUGUCCCAGCUGAGUGCAACAACAGCUUACCAACAGCUUCUACUCAUACUCUUGGUAGUGAAACAGAAAAGAGUAUCUCAGUGGAGUCAAUUAUUGAUAAACCAACUGGAUCAGAUGAAGAGGAGAUAGAGGACAAAAGUUUUAUAGAAAACACAAAAUUAUAAAAUAAUAGAUAAACAUAGUUACUAUCCCCCUUCUGGCUGUCUUAAGAGACCCAUAGCCUCAGAGACAAGAGAAAACAGAAUGGAAUGCUUCUCUCAACCUCCAUCUGGAUAUAGGACUCUGUGGCUCGGUUGGGAAUACUUUAUUCCAAAUUCUUCAGAUACAGGUUAUCCAGUGGCUAGGCAGAGUUGGUGGGGCAUUGUUCUGUUAAGGUAUGUCAUAGGCAAGGCACUCUACGCCGAUGCCCUGAGCUAUAAUAAUCUCUCUUGCCAGGGUGUUGCCAUCUCUUAAGUUAACCUUCUCACUGUC